CCGGAGGAAGAAGAAAGUUCAGAUUCCAGUAAGUCGUCCCGACCCUGAGCCAGCGUCCGAGCAUGAAGAAGAUAGUUAUGACGAGGAAGUCCACGACCCAAGGAGGGGCCGCGGGGGUCUGGCUACGAGGAGGAGUGAGAAGAGUUGGACGAGGGAUAGGAGUGCAAGUCGAGAGAGGAGUCUGUCCCCGCGGUCUGACAGGCGCUCCGCGGCCUCCAGUCAGCCUGCCAGACCCACCAAAGUCACACUGGUCAAGUCCCGGAAAAAUGAAGAGUACGGUCUUCGAUUGGCCAGCCAUAUAUUUGUAAAGGAAAUUUCACAAGAUAGUUUGGCAGCAAGAGAUGGCAAUAUUCAAGAAGGUGACGUUGUAUUGAAGAUAAAUGGUACCGUGACAGAAAAUAUGUCAUUGACAGAUGCAAAGACAUUGAUAGAAAGAUCCAAAGGCAAGUUAAAAAUGGUGGUUCAGAGAGAUGAGCGGGCUACCCUGCUGAAUGUCCCCGAUCUUUCUGACAGCAUCCACUCCGCGAAUGCCUCUGAGAGAGACGACAUUUCAGAAAUCCAGUCCCUGGCAUCAGAUCAUUCGGGUCCAUCUCACGACAGGCCUCCCCGCCACAGCCGGUCACGGUCUCCUGACCAGCGGUCAGAGCCUUCUGACCAUUCUAGACACUCACCCCAGCAGCCCAGCAGCGGCAGUGUCCGGAGCAGAGAGGAAGAAAGAGCUUCUAAACCCGGGGCCGUCGCAACUCCUGCAAAGCAUGCCGAUGACCACCCACCUAAACCCGUGGAGGAAGUGACCAUUGAAAGAAAUGAGAAGCAAGCACCCACUCUUCCAGAACCAAAGCCUGUGUAUGCUCAAGUCGGACAGCCAGAUGUGGACUUACCUGUCAGUCCAUCUGAUGGUGUCCUGCCUAAUUCAACUCACGAAGAUGGGAUUCUUCGGCCCAGCAUGAAAUUGGUAAAAUUUAGAAAAGGCGAUAGUGUUGGUUUGCGGCUGGCUGGUGGAAAUGAUGUCGGAAUAUUUGUAGCUGGCGUUCUGGAAGAUAGCCCUGCAGCCAAAGAAGGCUUAGAAGAGGGUGAUCAAAUUCUCAGGGUAAACAAUGUAGACUUCACAAAUAUCAUAAGAGAAGAAGCUGUCCUUUUCCUGCUAGACCUCCCCAAAGGCGAAGAGGUGACCAUAUUGGCCCAGAAGAAGAAGGAUGUUUACCGUCGCAUCGUAGAAUCAGAUGUGGGCGAUUCUUUCUAUAUUAGAACCCAUUUUGAAUAUGAAAAGGAAUCUCCGUAUGGACUUAGUUUUAACAAAGGAGAGGUGUUCCGUGUCGUGGAUACCUUGUACAAUGGAAAACUGGGCUCUUGGCUUGCUAUUCGAAUUGGCAAAAAUCAUAAGGAGGUAGAGCGAGGCAUCAUCCCUAAUAAGAACAGAGCUGAGCAGUUAGCCAGUGUACAGUAUACACUUCCAAAAACAGCAGGUGGAGACCGAGCCGACUUCUGGAGGUUCCGAGGGCUUCGCAGCUCGAAGAGAAACCUUCGGAAAAGCAGAGAAGAUUUGUCUGCCCAGCCAGUUCAAACAAAGUUCCCAGCAUACGAAAGAGUCGUCCUUCGAGAAGCUGGAUUUCUGAGGCCUGUCACUAUCUUCGGACCGAUAGCUGAUGUUGCCAGAGAAAAGCUGGCAAGAGAAGAACCAGAAAUCUAUCAGAUUGCAAAAAGUGAGCCGCGAGAUGCUGGGACAGACCAGCGGAGCUCUGGCAUUAUUCGCCUGCACACAAUAAAGCAAAUAAUAGAUCAAGAUAAACAUGCUUUAUUAGAUGUGACACCAAAUGCGGUUGACCGCCUGAAUUACGCCCAGUGGUACCCAAUUGUAGUGUUCCUUAACCCGGACUCUAAGCAAGGUGUGAAAACAAUGAGAAUGAGGCUGUGUCCAGAGUCUCGGAAAAGUGCCAGGAAAUUAUACGAGCGGUCUCACAAACUGCGGAAAAAUAAUCACCAUCUUUUUACAACUACAAUUAACUUAAAUUCAAUGAACGACGGUUGGUAUGGUGCAUUGAAAGAAGCAAUUCAACAGCAACAGAACCAGUUGGUCUGGGUUUCUGAGGGAAAGGCGGACGGUGCUACAAGUGAUGACCUUGAUUUGCAUGAUGAUCGUCUGUCCUACCUGUCAGCCCCAGGUAGUGAAUACUCAAUGUAUAGCACGGACAGUAGACACACUUCUGACUAUGAAGACACAGAUACAGAAGGCGGGGCCUACACUGAUCAAGAACUAGAUGAAACUCUUAAUGAUGAGGUUGGGACUCCGCCGGAGUCUGCCAUUACACGGUCCUCUGAGCCUGUCAGAGAGGACUCCUCGGGAAUGCAUCAUGAGAGCCAAACAUACCCUCCUUACUCAGCACAAGCGCAGCCACAGCCAGUGCAUAGGCUAGACUCCCCGGGAUUUAAAACAGCCUCUCAACAGGUGUAUAGAAAGGACCCUUACCCGGAGGAAAUGAUGAGGCAAAACGCUGUUUUGAAGCAGCCGGCUGUUGGGCACCCGGGGCAGAGGCCUGACAAGGAGCCUCCCCUGAGCUAUGAACCCCAACCCCAGUACGUAGAGAAACAAGCCAGCAGAGACCUUGAGCAGCCCCCGUACAGAUACGACUCCUCCAGCUACACAGACCAGUUUUCCCGGAACUUCGACCAUCGCCUGCGCUAUGAAGAGCGUAUCCCUGCAUACGAGGAGCACUGGUCGUACUAUGACGACAAGCAGCCCUACCAGCCCCGGCCUUCCUUUGAGAAUCAGCACCCUCGCGACCUUGACCCCAGACAGCAUCCCGAAGAGUCCUCAGAACGAGGGUAUUUCCCGCGGUUUGAAGAGCCAGCCCCUUUGUCCUACGACAGCCGACCACGCUAUGACCAGCCUCCUCGGACCUCCACCCUGCGGCACGAAGAGCCCCCCGCUCCCAGCUAUGAUGUGCAUGCCAGAUACAGACCCGAGGCCCAGCCCUACUCUGCCGCAGGCCCGAAGGCCUCGGAGCCCAAGCUGUACUCUGAGCAAUACCCUCGAGGGUACGAGCCAGUGCCGUCCCAGGGCUCUGCCUCGAAAGCAGGCCAGUACGAGCCUCUCCACGGCGCCACGGUCCCUCCUCCUAUACCUGCGUCUCAGCAUAAGCCGGAAGUUCUGCCUCCAAUCACCAAACCACUGCCUCCACCCCCACCUCUGACUGAAGAGGAGGAAGAUCCAGCCAUGAAACCACAGUCUGUGCUCACUAGGGUUAAAAUGUUUGAAAACAAAAGAUCUGCGUCCCUGGAGAACAAGAAGGAUGAAAACCAUACUGCUAGCUUUAAGCCUCCAGAGGUAGCAUCUAAACCUCCAAGCACUGCUGUCAUCGGUCCAAAAGCCACUUCUCAGAAUCAGUUCAGUGAACAUGACAAGACACUGUACAGGAUCCCAGAGCCUCAGAAACCCCAGCCGAAGCCCCCUGAAGACAUUGUUCGCUCAAAUCACUAUGACCCCGAGGAAGAUGAGGAGUAUUAUCGAAAACAGCUCUCCUACUUUGAUCGAAGAAGUUUCGAGAGCAAGCCUUCUGCACACAUUCCUGCUGGCCACCUCGCAGAGCCUGCCAAGCCGGUCCAUGCUCAGAACCAAGCCAGUUUUUCUAGUUAUUCUUCCAAGGGCAAGUCCACUGACUCUGAUGCGGCGGAUAGAACAUUUGGCGACAAACGCUAUGACCCAGUCCAGGCCACGCCCCCACCACCUCCACUGCCCUCGCAGUAUACCCAACCUUCUCAGGCUGUGUCCAGCUCCUCCCUCGGCCUCCACACACAUGCUAAGGGAGCACACGGUGAAGGUAAUUCAGUGUCACUGGAUUUUCAGAAUUCUUUAGUGUCCAAACCAGAGCCACCUCCAUCUCAACAUAAGCCAGCGAUUUUCAGGCCACCGAACCGAGAAGACCCUGCUCAGUGCACUUUCUACUCCCAGAAAAGCUUCCCAGAUAAAGGUCCAGUGAAUGGGACCGAGCAGACUCCGAAAACGGUCACUCCCACCUACAAUCGCUUCACCCCAAAACCAUACACAAGCUCUGCUCGGCCAUUUGAACGCAAGUUUGAAAGUCCUAAAUUCAGUCAUAACCUUCUGCCAAGUGAGACCACACACAAACCUGACUUGUCUUCAAAGAUCCCCACUUCUCCAAAAAGUCUCCUGAAAGCCCACGCCUUGGCCCAAACCCCCGAGGCAGACAGCGGCAUCGAUGCCUUCUCCAUCCAUGCAGAUAAGCCCAAGUAUCAGAUAAACAAUGUCAGCACGCUCUCCAAAGCUGUGCCCGUGAGCCCUUCAGCUGUGGAAGAAGAUGACGAUGAAGACGGUCACACUGUGGUGGCCACAGCCCGAGGCGUGUUUAACAGCAACGGAGGGGUGUUGAGUUCCAUAGAGACGGGCGUUAGUAUAAUUAUCCCACAGGGAGCCAUUCCUGAGGGGACCGAGCAGGAAAUCUACUUCAAGGUCUGCCGGGACAACAGCAUCCUCCCGCCCUUAGACAAGGAGAAAGGUGAGACACUGCUGAGCCCCCUCGUGAUGUGUGGGCCCCAUGGCCUCAAGUUCCUGAAGCCCGUGGAGCUGCGCCUGCCACACUGUGCGUCCAUGACUCCUGACGGUUGGUCUUUUGCUCUAAAAUCAUCCGACUCCUCGUCGGGUGACCCUAAAACCUGGCAAAACAAGUGUCUUCCCGGAGAUCCAAAUUACCUUGUGGGAGCAAACUGUGUUUCUGUCCUGAUUGACCACUUUUAAUUUUGAUAAUAUAGGAACUUGAUUAAAUAAUGUGAACCUGGGUUAAACUUACUAAAUCUCAAUGGCACCACUCUAGCAAGUGUUACACUUUUCUUAGAGUUGAUACUGCAUUUGUUAGGAUGAAGCGUUUUGUUUGAACUGUUGAAGGUUAGUUAGUGAGCACACACCUGAACCGCACUCAGAAAACGUGCUGCCAGCUGCGUGCUUGGGUAGGACGACUGGUGGCAUUGGCUAGAGGUUCAAAGACGUUCUGUUUCAUCAUGAUUAUUGUACUUUUUUACAGUCACUGCUUAAUUUCACACAUUGAUUUCCGUUAAAAUACCAGCCAGUAAAGGGGGUGCGUUUGAGUGAUAGUGUUUCUAAAGUGCACUGUUUCAGGCUUUGUUGUGGCCCUGGCCUGUUCACACACAUUUAUUUUAUUCUGCAUGAGGUAACGUGCACACAUUUUAAAAUGCACCUGGACUAUUUAACCAAUGUAGUGGAUUUAACAGAAGUGUACAGCAAGAGGGGACUUAUAGCUCUGGGGGGGGAUUAAGUGAAGACAAUUACUGAUUGUAUAUGAAAACACAUUUUUCUUAGGGAAGGACACCAAAGCAUGUGCGACUGGUUCCGUGGCCUCUGAGUCUCUAAAUUCACCACAUCACCACAGACAUACUAACCAGCAGGAAUGCCUUACCCUCGUGUUUUUAAUUCUUAGCUCAUUCUCUCUGUGUAUUACUGAGCUUUUAUGGCUUUUGUGCGCAUCUGAUACUGAAUCAUGAAGAAGACGGAGUAAAUUGUGGAUUUGGCGGUUUCAAAAAUGUAUCAUCACCCAGAAGAAAAUAAUGGUGUUAUUUGGGGAUUUUUUUUUUUAAUUUUUUUUUUCUUUUGGCAAGAGGCAGUGAUGGUUUUGUUUUUUUUGGCUCUGCAUUUAAACAUUUUGAUGUUUUAAGGAUGCUUGUACAUAAUGCGUGCAUACCACUUUUGUUCUCGGUUUGUAAAUUAACUUUUAUAAACUACCUUUUUUAUACAUAAACAAAACCAAGUUUCUUACGGCUACCUUUGUAUCCUCUCCUGUACCUCUUGAGCCUUGAACUCUGACCUCUGCAGCAAUAAAGCAGCAUUUCUAUGACACACACAAGGUCAUUUUUUUAAGAAAAAGAAUGCACAGAGUUGUUACAUUUUUAAGUGCUGCAUUUAAAAAAUACAGUUAUUCAGAAUUCUCUAGUUUGAUUAAAUUCUUGCAAAAUAUCCCUACUGUAAUUUGUGAUACAAUGCUGUGCCCUGAAGUGUAUUUUUUUACUAAUAGACAAUUUAUUAUGGCACAUCAGCACGAUUUCUGCUUGGAUAACACACCACUACAUUCUGUUAAUCAUUAGGUGUGACUGGAUUUCUUUUGCGGUUAUUAAAAAAUCUCAAAUUUCUAAAUCUGCAGAAUAAAAGUUUUUAAAGUAAA